CGAAAGUAAACUUUUCUGAAACACCAGAUUUUUUUUCCCUUCCCUUCCCUUUUCUUAUCUAUCACUCAUCACAUACAUACCUUUAAGCCAAGAAGGAAAACAUUCCAAUUUGUUGGAUUAUCCCUUCUUUUUAUAUAUAUAUUUAUCUCUUGGUUAAUUGAGGAGUCGCUGUAUUUAGGCUGGUUUAGCAAUCAUGUCUGCUGAAGAAGCUAACACGUCGUUGUUGGAGCGCAUUCAGCGGCCUGAGGUGAGCAAGGAGACGGCGAAGAAGAUUGCGCUGGUGGAGGAACAGUUUAUUCGGGCGGAGGUGGAGCAGUUGCGUCACUCUACUUUGCUCCUUCGUCCCCUUUUCGAAAAGCGCAGCCAGGUCAUUGCUGAGCCCGAUGUUCGCGAUACUUUCUGGACCCGUGUCUUGCUUAACGCCCCCGCCGAGGUCGAGGAACACAUUACCAUGAUCGAUGCCACUAUCCUCGCUUCCACCCUUAAGAACCUCACCGUCGAGCGAUUCGAGAUCGAUGAGAAGGGCCAGGGCGAGCCCCGCAGCUUCCGUCUGACUUUCGAGUUCCGCACCGGCGAUGAGAACCCCUACUUCGAGAACGAGAAGCUGGUCAAGGAGUUCUACUGGCGCAAGCAGGUCUUCACCACUACCAAGGGCCACAAGCGCACCUGGGACGGUCUGGUUUCGGAGCCCGUUCGCAUCAACUGGAAGAAGGACCAGGAUCCCACCAAGGGUCUGCUCGAUGCCGCUUGCGACCUUGCCGAGGCGGAGAAGAAGGGUGGAGACCGUAAGAAGCUGCCCGAGUUCGCCAAGGUCGUUGAGAAGCGCGAGGAGAUCGAGGCGGCUGAGGGCCACGAGGAAGACGAGGACGAGCUCCCGGAAGACGGCUUCGGUGGCAUGAGCUUCUUCGCUUUCUUCGGCUACCGUGGUAGCGACGUCACUGCCGAGCAUUCUCAGAAGGCGACUAAGGAGGACAACGAGAGGUUCGAGAAGCUUCUCAAGGGCGAGUCGGUCGACGACGAGGACGAGGAUGACGAUGAGGAUGACGACGUUGAGGAUGAUUUCGAUGACAUUGAAGUCUUCCCCGGCGGUGAUGAGCUCGCCAUCGCAAUCGCCGAGGACCUCUGGCCCAACGCCUUGAAGUAUUAUGGUGAGUGCUAUCCCCACUGUAUAGCCAAUUCCAAGCUGACGUUCCAGUCACGGACCAAUCCAUCGAGGAAGUCGACUUCGACGACAGCGAACUCGACCUCUCGGUGGACGAGGAGGAAGAGGAAGAAGAGGAGAACGACCGUCCUCGCAAGAAGACCAAGGUCUAAGGGUGUCGCCAUGUCUUGAAUAAUGCAACUGUAUCCAUAUGUUUCCAUGUCUUAAAGAACAAUGAGCAGGAUCAGGAGGAGGACCAAAACGAAUAUGAGGACGGCAAUGCAAAAGGACGACAUUGUAUCCUCAUUC